AUGACCAACAAUACCAACCAGGCCGAUGUCUUCAAUUCCGCAACCUCCAGAAGAACCGCAAGUUUGAAUCCCUUAUCCACUGUUCGCCCACGUAAUCGACGCUUGAUCUCCCUAGUUGAUGAUGAUAACGACGACAAUGUCUCUGGAACAACCGCCACAGACCAUCCAAGCACAGCUACUGGGCUAAGAGCUGAUAAUGUCUCCUCUAAUUCGUUUUUAACGCCCACUGCCUCCCGAUCUCAGGCUAGCACCCCAUCUCCAUCCGCAAGCAGAGGUCCAUCCAGUACACAAUCAAGCUCGUCGAAUAGGGUCCAGCCGUCAAGUAGUACGAAGUUGGGAAAUGGAUGGACAGACACACGACUGAAUAAAUCGACAGGCCAGUUUGCAGCAGAGUUUUGGGAAUCGUCGUGGUCAUCACUGCAGGGGCUGGCGUCGAUCGUGUUGGGGAAUGGGGAUGUCUUGGGGAAGGUGAAACCGUCCACGUCGACAUCAGGCAGAUACCAACAUGGGCGGAAGCCGUCGAAACCGGAUUUUGUUCCAAAUUCGAAAAGUGGCCCUUCGUCAUGGGGCCCGACAAAUUUCCUUAAUAAACAGUUAGGAUCAGGGUCGAAGGAAGAACGGCAGUCGAUGAUACAGGCGCUGAAAAGACAAUCCCUUCUCCAAGCUAAUGGGGAUGCCACGCCGGAUAGUUGGGGAAAUUACAAACGAAGGGAUUCUGGGGAUGCACUCCGGGGCGCUUCCGCCCCACCUCCAGAACUGGAGGACGCAGAUACUUUGGUAUAUGUGCACCAUGUCCAGAAGAACGACAGCAUCACUGGAGUCUCCAUCAGGUAUGGCUGUCAGCCAACUGUUAUGAGGAAAGCCAAUGGAUUCUGGCCUAGUGAUACUAUACAAGCUAGGAAGACUGUUCUUCUUCCAGCUAAAGCCUGCACGCUCAAAGGCCGUCGACUUCCUGAGAAGGAAGAGAAUGUUAAUCUCUUGGAGAAUCUUGAUAAUACGAAUGACCCAUUUAUGGAUUAUAGUUCAUUGGAUCCAGGCUCCACGCCUUUCCCUACAUUUGGAUACGGAGAGUCUUAUUUACGAGGUAUUUGUGCCGCAUCAGCAGUAUCGUCGAUAUCAGGCAAGUCAUCGAAGCAGGCACUGCAAUGGAAACACGAAUGCUGGGUGCAGGUCGACGGAUUUCCAGAUGCUAUUGAAGUCGGCCGCGUACCCCGGAAAGCUUUAGGGUUUUUCCUUCCACGAGUAAGGCGAAAAUCUCUAGACCAGCCUUAUUCCGACUUAGAAGAUAAUUCCCGUUCUCCCUCUCAAGAUCAAUCACUCGAUACAAGUACGGGAAGACCCCCAUUCCUUUGCACAUCAAACUCCAGCACCCGCGACCACUCCGUAUCCAGCUCAAAACGCCUCUCAGCCCCACGCAUCCACGGGCAACGCAGCAGCUUCACCCUCACCGGCCCUGGUGGCGUAGGAACACUAGGCCGUAAUGCAAAAGCCCCCGGCCCCGCCGAAGAUAAACUCAACCAAUUCAUAAACACGCACCUACCAACCCUAGCCGUGCCCCCACCGCCACCGCUUCAAUUCCCCUCAUCGUCCUCUGUUAGCAACUAUGCGCGCCCCUCCAUUGAAUCUACUUCAACCGUCAUCUCCAACUCGUCCACGGGCCUGGAGAAUGUGGGAGGUGCCAUUGAAAGCUGGGUGCGCAAGAUGGCGCGCAGCGCUAAGGCGGGUGUUACGGAGUUGCAGCAUCAGGGUAGCCAUUUGGGUAUUAGCGGGAUGGGCGAUUUGAUUGAGUUGAAUGAUACACCGCCGUAUGGGAAGGGCCCUGCUAGCCGUAGCGGUAGUGCUGGUGCUGGCAUGGCCUCGCCGAUUAGGAGUGGGGACCGCCGUGCCGUUGUUUACCAAAGCCCUUCUCGUGUUUCAACCAGGUCUGAAGAGGCAAUUGGGCCGUUGGAUUUGGCAGAUGGAGGUACCGUGAGGGGUAGAAGAGUGAAGCGAGAAGACUGA